AUGACAAAGGGCCGCGUCUGUCUCGCCUACUCUGGUGGCCUUGACACCUCCACCAUCUUGGUCUGGCUUAUUCGACAAGGCUACCAAGUUGUGUGCUACCUUGGAGAUGUCGGCCAGGAGGAGGACUUCGCCGCCGUUGAGGCCAAGGCCCUGAAGCUGGGUGCCGAGACCUUCGUCUGCGAGAACCUCCAGCGUGAGCUUGUUGACGAGGUUGUCAGCCGUGCCAUCAUGUGCAACGCCAUCUUUGAGGAUCAGUAUUUGCUUGGCACGGCAUUGGCCCGUCCUGUUAUUGCCCGCAGCAUGGUUCGAGUUGCCGAGAAGCACAACUGCACUUACUUGUCCCACGGCGCAACGGGCAAAGGCCUUAGCCAGGUUCGAUUCGAGCUCGCCUUUACCGCACUGAACCCCUCGAUUCAAAUUUUGGCCCCGUGGAGAAUUCCCGAGUUCAUUAAGCAGUUCCAAGGCCGCAACGACCUUCUCGCGUAUGCCGCUGAGAACAACAUCCCCGUUUCAUCGACCCCGCGUUCUCCGUGGUCGAUGGAUGACAACCUUGUGCAUUGCUCCUACGAGGCUGGUAUUCUUGAGGAUCCCGAUGUCACACCACCUGCGAACCUUUGGACCAGGACAAAGGAUCCCAAGGACGCUCCCGACCAGUCCACCGAGUUUUCCGUCCAUUUCGAGAAGGGUCUCAUCUCUAAAGUCGUUCUCGGCGAUAAGGAGGUCACGGAUUCCGUUGAGGCCUUCAAGCUACUCAACAAGGCAAGUUUCAUCAUUGGCUAUGAAAAUGGCGUUGGACGAGCUGACAUUGUCGAGAACCGCUUUAUUGGUCUCAAGAGCCGAGGCUGCUAUGACACCCCAGGAUUGACCAUCGCCCGUCUGGCCCAUCUGUCCCUUGAGGGCUUGGUCAUGGAUGGCCGCGUCCGUGAACUCAGAGAUCAGUUUGUCAGCCUGACCUGGUCUCGACUUUUGUACAAUGGAAUGUACUUUAGUCCUGAGCGCGAGUUUAUCGAUAACUCUGUCGUCUUCUGCCAGCACAAUGUUACUGGUAUCGUCAGGCUGUCCGCUUACAAGGGUAACACCUAUGUUCUCGGCCGAUCUAGCAAUGCUUCCAACCUGUACUCCGAGCAGGAUGCUUCCAUGGACUCACUCGAAGGGUUCUCUCCCAUGGAUACUACUGGUUUCAUUGCCAUCCAGGCCAUCCGCCUCAAGAAGUAUGGCGAACAGAAGAUCAAGGAUGGUCAGCCCCUCACCAAGCCCUAG